CGUAGCGAAUUUCAGAUAAAUAACAUAGGGGAAGUUGUAUCCAUGAUUGCAAAUUGACAUGGACAUUUCAGAAAUCCUGUUGAUCAGACGCAACAGUAAGAUGCAUGCGUUACUGAAAGUUUAUCUUCAAGUGAUUGCAGGAAAUGUCUUCUUCAACAAGUCCCGAAGUCUGUUUGUAAUAACUUUGGGUAGAUUAUCGUCUUUAACUUCAAGGUCAGUGGAUGUAUCUUUUUGGUGACACUUGGAGAUGAUUGAUUUGUCUAAUCUUCUUAUCAAGUUCUGAAUAAACUCUUGCAGAUAUUGACUAUCUGAAUGUUUACAUCGGAUUCUGUGUCCCUUUUUCAACAAACCAUAUUCUCUUUGUCGUUUCAAGCAGAUAUGCAACCAGAUUCGUUUUGUCAUAGUGCGACAAAAUUAUCGAAGUCUGUUUACUGUUCACUUUAAAACAGUUUGUGAUAGACACUUCAGAAGAAACUGAACACAAUGUGUUCACCGUUAUAGGAAUUCCAAUACUCACUUCAUUUCGUGUAAUAUCUGAUAUACAGCCAACCGUUCCCAGUGGAAAAUUUGUGCACAAUGACGUAAUAUCAAGGAAUAAUAUCACUAUCCUGUUUAUUUUUGCGUCUAAUUAUAUCAGAAGAUAGAAUUAUCGAUCUCGACCAUCACGUAUAGAUUUAUCUUGAGAGCGAAAGGUUUUUCUCUCCGUCGUUUACAUGCUUGGAUUUGAAACAGUGGACUAGUAAUUACCAUUUUGACUAUCAUUAUUCUUAUUUUUACUACCCAUUAUGAGUUCAGUUUGUUAUUAUAAAGUGUUAGGAUUAACACAAACAGCCACAGAUGAAGAAGUGCGUCGGGCAUACCGUCGUUUAGCGCUUAAAUGGCAUCCAGAUAAGAACCCAACAAAUUUAGAGGAAGCAGAGAAGAAAUUCAAAGAAAUCAGUGCAGCCUACGAGGUUCUGUCGGAUCCGCAAAAACGUUCUGUAUACGAUCGUCAUGGUAAAGAUGGUUUAAAUCGUACGAAUGUCAAAUCAUCAAAAUCAACUGGUGGAAGGCGCCGACAUACAGCAGCAGGGAAUUUCUUCCACGAAGAUCUUUUUGAAACAAGUGACUUUUUCUUUCCAUUUAAUGAUUUCGGUUUUACUUUUCGAGAUCCAGAAGAUGUUUUCCGUGAAUUUUUCAGUAAACAUGUUCAUAUGAUGAAUGCAUUUAUGGAUACAGCUGGAUUAUUUCGAUCACAUAGUCGUCUGCACGAUAUGUUUGAUCAUGAUAGUUGUUUUAAUGAAAAGCCUAGUCGCCAUUUACAUCAUAAAACAAGUUGUGAAUCCAACAAUAACAGCCAGACCAAAACCCAUCAUGUUGAGCGUGUACGUAAAACUAGCUUCCCUCAACCUGUACCAGUGCGUAGCUUAUCUACAAAGACAUCCUACAGUUUCAGUUAUGGGGCUGGUGGUCGGCCUGGUCAUACACCAGUUAGAAAAGAGACAUUUCGAUCCACGUCUACUAAAAUUGAAAAUGGGAAGUGUGUUACCACACGGAAAAUCGUACAAGAUGGUGUAGAAACAGUGGAAGUAGAAGAAAAUGGUAUACUGAAACUGAAAACUGUCAAUGGUCAACCGGUUGCUAUUGCCAACGGCUAG